AUGAGCUCCCAGCAAUCAAAUGUGUUCGAUUUCUCUAUCCGGUCGACCGUCGACGAUAUCAUGAACGGCUACAACGGAACGGUGUUUGCAUACGGCCAGACCGGUGCGGGCAAGUCUUACACGAUGAUGGGAUCUGAUAUUUUCGACGCCGAGGGCAAGGGAAUAAUUCCUCGCAUCGUGGAGCAGAUAUUCACCAGUAUACUGACCAGCCCUGGUAAUAUCGAGUACACCGUGCGGGUGAGCUACAUGGAAAUAUACAUGGAGCGAAUAAGAGAUCUGUUGGUGCCGCAGAACGACAACCUCCCGGUGCACGAAGAAAAAUCGAGGGGAGUCUACGUGAAGGGUCUACUGGAGAUAUACGUGUCGAGCGUGCAGGAAGUAUUCGAGGUGAUGAGACGCGGUGACACGUCGAGGGCGGUUGCAGCGACCAACAUGAACCAGGAAUCGUCUCGCUCACACUCCAUAUUCGUCAUCACCAUCACACAGAAGAAUGUUGAGACCGGAUCUGCCAAAAGCGGCCAGCUCUUCCUCGUCGAUCUGGCUGGUAGUGAAAAGGUUGGAAAAACCGGUGCCAGUGGACAGACCCUCGAGGAAGCCAAGAAGAUCAACAAGAGUUUGAGUGCGCUGGGAAUGGUCAUCAACGCCCUCACCGACGGAAAAUCCACACAUAUACCUUACCGAGACUCGAAGCUUACCAGAAUCUUGCAAGAGAGUUUGGGAGGAAAUUCUCGAACGACCCUGAUCAUCAACUGCUCUCCAAGCAGCUACAAUGACGCAGAAACCCUCAGCACCCUUCGAUUUGGCGCGCGAGCAAAGGCCAUCAAGAACAAGGCAAAGAUCAACCAGGAAUUGAGUCCGGCGGAAUUAAAACACUUACUCAAGAAGGCCCAGAGCCAGGUCACGACAUUCGAGACUUACAUUUCAGCUUUGGAAACCGAGGUCCAGGUCUGGAGAAACGGAGAAAACGUCUCAAAGGAGAAAUGGACAGCCCUGAGGUCUGCCGAUACGGUUGGUGGCCUCAAAGCGGACGCCCGUGGGCCCCGUCCCGGGACACCGUCCAGGCUACAGUCUGAUAUAUCGAGGUCAGAGACGCCGAGUAGGCCCGACUCAAGGAUCGGGGAGAGGUCAAGCACACCAAGCAUCGUCCUCGAAAAGGACGAGAGAGAGGAAUUCCUGAAGAGGGAGAAUGAAUUCCAGGAUCAACUCGCCGAGAAGGAGACAUACAUCGCCAACGCAGAGAAGGAAGUCCAAGAAAAGAAGGAAGAACUUAAGAUCCUUAAGGAGAACGCUGUUAGGACAGGCAAGGAUAACGAGAAGCUAAACGCCGACGUCAACGAGCUCCGUAUGCAGCUCGAGAAGGUAUCUUACGAAAGCAAGGAGCAGGCCAUCACCAUGGAUACCCUGAAAGAGGCAAACUCCGAGCUUACAGCGGAACUGGAUGACCUUAAGCAGCAGCUUCUCGACGUCCGCAUGCGUGCUAAGGAAACGAGCGCAGCACUCGACGAGAAGGACAAGAAGAAGGCAGAGCGUAUGGCUAAGAUGAUGGCCGGAUUCGACAUGAAGGUAGAUGUAUUCUCAGAGAAUGAGCGCAAAAUACGACACCUGGUUGAGCGCGUUGACGCUCUCCAUGCUACAAGCUCGGCCGGAGAAGCGGUUACUCCAGACGAGUUUGUCGAGCUUCGAGGAAGCCUGGUUGAAGCGCAGGGCGUUGUGAGGCAAGCUGAGCUUGCCAUGACUAGCCGCGACGAAGGCUUCCAUGGCUCCUUUGACGGAAAGCUGUUGGAUAAAAUCGCUAGCCUUCAGCAUGAGGUUGACGAGCUUCUCGAGCAGCACCUCGGCGAAGCUGAUAUCUCCGAAAUCAAAGAGAAGCUCAGCAAGGCAUGUGCCGAUGGCAACGAGCUGGAGAACAUGGCGCUGGAGCAUCUCCGGAAUGAACUGUCUCUCAGGGACGAGGAGCUAGGCCGCCUGAGACAGUCAGUCGCUGACUCUACGCCGCGUUCCCAGCCUAAUGGCUCCCCAGCCAACACCAACGGCGCAGCGGCCAUCAACAGCAAGACCCUGCAGCAGCAGAUAGCCGAUUUCGAUAUCAUGAAGAAGUCUCUCAUGCGUGACCUGCAAAACAGGUGUGAGCGGGUUGUUGAACUUGAAAUAUCGCUGGAUGAGACUCGUGAGCAGUACAAGCAGGUCCUACAGUCAUCAAAUAACCGCGCGCAGCAGAAGAAGAUGGCUUUCUUGGAACGCAACCUCGAGCAGCUCACACAUGUGCAGCGCCAACUGGUAGAGCAGAACGGUAGCCUCAAGCGUGAGGUCGCCAUCGCCGAGCGAAAAUUGAUAGCCAGGAACGAGCGAAUCGAGAGCCUGGAGUCCCUGCUCCAGGAGAGCCAAGAGAAAUUAACGGCCGCGAACCAUAGAUUCGAAGCACAGCUCACGGCGGUAAAAGAACGUCUGGAAGCCGCGAAAGCUGGCUCUACUCGCGGCCUUUCCUCAGACUCGACAGGAUUCGGGUUUGGAGGCUCGCGGAUAGCGAAACCACUCCGCGGUGGUGGCGGAGCCGAUGGUCCAUCGAAUGCUGCGCUGUCCAGUGUCCAGGCACAGGAGCCGUCGACGAGUGCUGGCCCAAAACGCACCAGCUGGUUCUUUGACAGACGAUAA